UAUGACAUCACCCUCACUGCACGACUCUGUGUCCACAACUUCUAAGAUAACAGGAUUACUGAGAAACGUCUCGCAAAUUCUUAGGCUACGAUCCGCGAUUGCGCUCGGAACAAUACUCUCCAUCGACAUUACGCCUCAAAGCAUAAUCACAUCAAACAAACUCAUUCUUCAUACAGUUCGCUAUGGGUUCCACAAUGGAGAGCCUGAACAAGUCGUGUGAGGAGAACUUGGCCCUCCAAACAACAGAAGAGACCACUGCUGGCUCUGCUGCCACCACGCGCAACCAGUCGACCAAGUCGAGCACCGAUGCAUCGAUCUCCGUCAGCGAGCUUCCUGGUCCUGCACCAGAGCAGUACGAGCAAGAAGGACAGGACCUCGUCUACUUCCACCAGUUCGCCAAACUUCCAGUUGAACUGAGAUUGAAGAUUUGGCGUGAGACUUUUCCACCAGGCCGACAUGUCAACUUGGAGACAGGUUAUGGGGUAGACGGUGCCUUCGUCGAAAGUGUCUUCGACCUGGUUGGUCGGGAUCACGAAGCCUUCCAAUUCCCUGACAGGUUUGCACGGAAAUACAUCCAAUUGAUUCAGCGACCCAUGCCUAUCGCAUUGAGCGUUAACCACGAGAGCAGAAAAGAGGCGCUCUCUCAAUACGUCGUUCUCUUCCAGAGCGACGUUCCCGAAAUCAAGGCGGGUCGGGCUAAAGUUCAAGACCGACCAUUCUGCUUCGCCCCUGCUCGAGACUCUCUCAUAAUUGCACCACAUUACCUCUACAAUUCUUGGAUGAACAAGUGGCUGGCGUACAUCGACCAAGAACUACCCGGUGGACUGGCUUCGAUUCGAUCUCUGCAAGUCGUCGAGCAAUCUUUCGCUCAAUACGUUUCCGACUUGUCAACACUGUGGGGAGGUCGCCAGGGUGCUGAGAAAGGUGGUCUUGAGUGGUUCCUCAACUUACGAAGACUACAAAUCUCUACUGAAAUUCUGACGCCGGACACUAAAUACACAGUCCUUGAGCUAAGAAUCAAGAAAUGGUACGAAGCUCAAGGAUCAAAGCUGCAUAUUCCGACGAUCGUGGUGGACCGUAAUUUUGGUUGCACCCAGCGAUCAUUUGGGCUUUGGAAUGGAAGGAAACCUAGGGAUCCUGGGAUGGCGAGUGAUUAGGCAUCUUUUUGUUUGUAUGGCAAGAAGCUGGAGAUUUCAUGAGAUGAAUUGUAGAACUAAUAAAGCAUGCGGGAAGCAGGAGUGGACAGUAACUGCUAUUUUUGCUGGCGACAGAAUGUCUCAGAGGCGAAGAAGACAUUUUGAGACCGAUUCCGGUAAAGCAGAACCAGAGCAUGGCACCAGCAAG